GUCGUUUCUGUGAGAGCCGAUGAGUGAGCGCAGUCACUCACACUGACGACCCGCACAACAGCAUCGUCAAGCCCAUCACGUGGAAUCAUGGAGCACGAGAGCUGACGUGAAUCUCAAGGAAGGCACGAGAAUGCCAUCAAAUGCGUACAGCGUCUACUAUUACCGAAACGCUUCUUUGCCCAACAAGACGCGUCAUCCACCGCUUCGCCGCGCCGCUCGCCUUGCCAACAACGCCGCGUCGCUGCUCGUCGCCCCGCUCCCUUCUCCCCGCACGGCACGCGGUGGGGCAGCAGCGCAUGGCGGCCGCUGGGAUCUCCGCGGAGCACGCACCACCACCACCGCCGCACGCCACGCUUCAGGCGCCGUUUCUCUUCGACCACGAUGGCGGCGCGCCGUCCGCCAUGGCGUUCAACACGUGGCACGCCGACUACGCCAAUCACUUCGCUUGCACCUUCACAAACGCGAUCAUGCUGUUCACCUGCCAGGCCGACGGCUCCAUCGCCUACCACCACACGUGCUUCCAUGCGGGCAGAGCUGAGAACGCGGACGCCGCAGCUCCAAGCACGGCUGCGCCAGAGCCGAAUGCGGACGCCCCUGGACCAGCUGCAGGGCGAGGCGGCGAGCGGUACGCGGCGGUGGCGUGGAUGGUGGGCGCGGAGGAGCGCGUGCUCAUCGCCGCUGGGGGCCAGCUCGGAGCAAUCAGCAUCGUGGACUUCCACACGCGGCGGCACAUCAAGACGCUGAUGGGGCAGGGUGAUGCCAUCACAAAUCUCUGUGCGCAUCCAUCUCAGCCAUCCAUUCUCCUCUCUGCCAGCAAAGACGGCUCCGUGUGGGUGUGGCACGUGGAGCGCGGGGUGUGCUGCAUGGUUCUCGUGGGCAUCCACCGAGGCCCGGUGCUCACUGUGGACGUGAGCGGCCUGGAGCGGAUGGCAGUGGUGACGGCGGGGGAGGAUGCGAGAGUGUGCGUGUGGAACCUCAGAGAGCACUGGCACCUCGUGGAUCGGGCGGCUGCGUGGGAGGGGAGGCCGUCCGACUUCCCCACCAAGCAAGUCACGCUGCCGGGCUUUGUGGCGUCUCGAGUGCACUCCAGCCCCAUUCAGCAGGCCUGGUUCCACGGAGGCCUCUUUGUCUCGCAGUGCGUGGCGGGCAGCGUGCGAGUGUGGCAGUGGAACUUCAAGCGGGGGGUCGACAUAAAGGAGGGCUCCUCUGAGGUCCUUCUUGAGUUGGAGGCGCCUCCCCCCUCGGAUGGCCGCCCCCCGCGCUUCUCCAUGACAGCACCGCGGCGCGUCCUCGCACUCCGGAGCGGCACGGAUGAGGUGGCGGUGUAUAGAGUGGGAGACAUCUCACAGCGCCUCAGCCUGCGCCCCAACCCCAGCGUGCCCAUCAGGGGCGUGGCACUGUCGCACGAUGGCAGCAUGGUCCUGUGCUGCUGCGCCAAUGGCCGCAUCUACCGCUGGGACAUCUGCCCUCCACUGGACCCCGCAACACACCUCGAGAUUGUGCCGGACAGUGAGAAUGAAGCAUGAUGCGAGCUGCUGUCAUGCAAGCACUGCACAGCACACGCGCGUUCCGGUUGCGCCGUCUGCGCACCCCAGGACUCGAUUUCAAGGAUAAAGUUAGCAGGGGGAUCCAAGGUUUUUGAGACUUCUGAAAAGUUGAAGUUUAGCAGGGGGAUCCAGGGUAUGUCACCCUUUAUCUUGCAUGGCUCUGGAGCACCCCAUUGUCUCAUGGACGUACAGCAUAUUCGCCUGGCCUUGCUCUCCUGCCCAUUGUGUUAAAUUAUAUCUUUGAUAUAUAAUUGGUAGGCUUGGUAGGUGUUACUGGAACCUACUGUAGAGGGUACAAACCCCCUCCUUUUAUCCCUCUCUUCUAUUCUCUUCACACUUUUCUCUCGUCAACUUAAGUUCCUAGCUAAACCCUCGUACCAUUCUAUGGCUUCUUACCGUUCCUAGCAGGGCCCUAGAUAUCAGCCUUUUUACGCUGAUUCAGGGUUUUUUCAGACUUUUUUUUAGGGUACACACUGAUCACUCAGCCUUUUUUGGAUAAGU